CAGUGCCACGAUCCUCAAAACUGAAAGCCACGGCCUCUCCUCUGCUCUAGACCUGGCCCCCUGGUUUUACAGCCCUCUCCCAUCAUCAUUUGGAAUCGGAAUCCUGUUUGUGUGUCUGUCGAUUGCUUGUUCCCGUGAUCUUCCUCCGUCCUAGCCUAGGCCCCCUCAUCGCAGGUCAAUAACACCCGGUCAUCCUCCAAGUAUCUUGUCACCUGGCUCAUCCUUUCCAGGUUCUUGCUUGCCGCACAGCCCCCUAUUAAUGCUUCCUCCUGUCAAUCUCAUGCUCAAAUCCGCCUUUCUCCCCCCGUCUGGUUGCCGCUUGCUUGUUUUCGAAGCUGUUCCGAUUGGCUAUGUUGAUGCAAGAGUUUUCAUCUUGAUUGACUUGAGGUGUUCUUGAUUGGGCAGCCUUGCUCUGUUCGUCGCUUGGCUUUUCUUUUCGCAGGGUUGGCGCUAGUUCUUGAUUGGUGGGAAAGAAACGCUCGUAUUAAUUCCCGGCCAGUUUUUGAUCGGUUCUUGUUCCAAAGGUCGGCAAGGAAUCCCAAGCUCCUGCCAUCGACCGGCUCCCUAUCCGACCAAGCUAGCGAGCGGGCGUGCGACCGGAAUAAAUGGGGGUCGCCGGCGGCAGCGGCUGCGUGGCCAAGGCGGCGGCGGUGGCGGUGGUGGUGCUGUGCAUGGCUCGGUGGUCGGCCGGUGGCAUGGGCGUGAACUGGGGCACGCAGCUGAGCCACCCGCUGCCGGCGAGCACGGUGGUGCGGCUGCUCAAGGACAACGGCUUCGACCGGGUGAAGCUGUUCGACGCCGAGGACGGCAUCCUGGGCGCGCUCAAGGGGUCGGGGAUCCAGGUGAUGGUCGGCAUCCCCAACGACAUGCUCUCCGACCUCGCCGGCAGCACCAAGGCCGCCGAGCGCUGGGUCACGGCCAACGUCUCCAAGCACGUCAACGACGGCGUCGACAUAAGGUUGGUGGCCGUCGGGAACGAGCCGUUCCUGCAGACGUUCAACGGCACGUACCUGAACACGACGUUCCCGGCGAUGCAGAACAUCCAGGCGGCGCUGAUGGCGGCCGGGCUGGGCGGCCAGGUGAAGGUGACGGUGGCGCUGAACGCCGACGUCUACCAGUCGGCGACGGGGAAGCCGUCGGACGGCGACUUCCGUGCGGACAUCCACGGGCUCAUGCUCGACAUCGUGCAGUUCCUGGCGUCCAGCGGCGCGCCGUUCGUGGCCAACGUGUACCCGUUCAUCAGCCUGUACGCGGACCCCAACUUCCCGCUGGACUACGCCUUCUUCCAGGGCUCCACCUCGCCGGUGGUGGACGGCGGCGUGAUGUACCAGAACACCUUCGACGCCAACCACGACACGCUGGUGGCGGCGCUGCGCAGGAACGGGUUCCCCAACGUGACCGUCGUGGUCGGCGAGGUCGGCUGGCCCACGGACGGCGACGCCAACGCCAACCCGGCGUACGCGCAGCGGUUCAACCAGGGCCUCCUGGACCACGUCGCCUCCGGGAAGGGCACGCCGCUGACGCCGGGCGCCCCCGUCGACGCCUACCUCUUCAGCCUGGUCGACGAGGACAGGAAGAGCAUCCAGCCGGGCAACUUCGAGCGCCACUGGGGCAUCUUCUUCUACGACGGGAAGCCCAAGUACCAGCUCAGCCUCCGCGGCAACGGCGGCGGCAUGCUCGUGCCGGCGAGGGGCGUCGAGUACCUCCAGAGGCGGUGGUGCGUGCUCAAGCCCGGCGCCGACCUCGGCGACCAGAAGGUCGGCGACAGCGUCAGCUACGCCUGCGGCAGCGCCGACUGCACCAGCCUCGGGUACAAGACGUCGUGCGGCGGCCUCGACGCCAAGGGCAACGUGUCGUACGCGUUCAACAGCUACUACCAGACCGAGGACCAGGACGACCGGGCCUGCGACUUCCGCGGACUCGCCACCACCACCACCGUCGACCCCUCUACCGGGACGUGCCGGUUCAUCGUCGGGAUCGCCCCGACCAGCGCGGCGACGAGGAACGUCGCCGCCAGGGCAGCGGCCGUCCUCUUCGCGGUGUUGCUCGCGGGCGUGUUCUGAGUUCAGGAUCGUGGUCGAUGCUUUAUUAGUUUAGCUGUCAAUCUUUCAGCUUUUCCUUUUUCUUGGCAGAAAUAGUUGUUCAUCUUGAUUGUCAUUCGUGAGUAGGGUGUGAGCCGUAUCCGGUGGAGUUAUUGCAUCUUUCUUUCUUUUUUGCCACCUUGGACAUGCUAAGAAAAUGCAAUGAGAAAUACAUGGUUUAGUAGCACUGCACCGUAAUUUGUCCUCGUAUAAGGUACGCAUUCCGCUAGUCCCCAAAUAAUGA